AUGCGAAGAAUGGUUCAUGUUGAUGUUGUUAGAGCACUGGAGGUAAUUCGGGCUGAAAUUCAAGAUUUCUAGCUGAAAUUCACAAUUUCAGGACAAUUUUAUGUAUGUAGUUAGACGAAGUCGAGAGGAGAAGCGAGUUUUGGUGGUGGAUCCGGUGGAACCGGCGAAAUUGAUUGAUUUUGCGCACAAAAAUCAGGUAGGCGCUGCUUAAGAAGGGGGCGGAGCCUAUUUCUCUGCGCACUCUUCGAAUAAUGCAUAGGCGCUGCUUAUUUCUCUCUGCGCUCUCUCAAAAUAAUACAUAGGCGCUGCUUAUUUUUCUCUGUACUCUCUUAAAUAGGCGCUGCUUAUAAAAUGGGCGGCUCGAAAAUAACAUUUUUUUCAUUCACAAGUACUUUAUUCACAAGAAAAUUAUUCACAGAUGGAGAAACUAGUAGACUAGACUAGAGUCUAGGCUCUAGGCUUUUGGGCCUGAAUUUGGACGACCUGAAAAAUAUGAAAAUAAGAACUCCGAAGCUAAUAGUUAUUCGAAUUUAAGGUUCCGGUCAAGGUUCUAGUAAAAAGUGCCAGAUAUGUAAAAUAUAUGAAAAUCUGCAAAAAACAUCUGAAAAUCUGCGAAAUUAUUGAUUUUUCUCCGAUUUUGAGCCGCCCUUUUAUAGCCUUUUUCUUAUCUGAUACACGUGGAAUUACACGCGUGAAAAUGCAAAAAAAUCAAUAUUUUUUUGCAGCUCGAAAUCGUUGGUUCUCUAAUCACUCAUCAUCAUUGGGAUCAUGCCGGCGGAACGCCGGAGUUUCGUAAACAAUUUGCGAAAUUGCCGAUUUUUGGAGGAGAUGAGCGAAUUGAGCAUUUGGAUAAUAUGGUUAAACAUGAGCAAGAGCUCGAAAUUGCUGGAAUGAAGGUGAAGCAAGCUUACGCGCAGAUCGAGCGCGUCUAGCGCGAGUGUAAACCGCUACAGGGUGGCUGAUAAGUAUACAACGUUUUUCAAGCCUUUCCCAGAAAGUCCCCGAUUGUCAUUUUUCUUAUGUUAAGUGUUGAUCGGAUAGUCCAAUGAGUCUAGAAAGCUAAUGUGAGAGUGUUUUGAGAAAAGUUCAUUUUUGGGUGUGUAUUGGUGAUUUCAGCUGAAAAAGGUCCAUUUUACAUUGAUUUUAGGUCAACUUUCCUCUAUCAGAACUUUGUGAAAAACGAAGAAAUCAGUUAUAUACAACCAGACACACUUUUUAGACAUCGUUAUGUUCUAUUUUCAGCAUUCAUAAACCUUAUUCAAAAGAAAUUCAGUUCAAGAGCACCGUUUCAGAAAAUCGGAAUUUGUGUGCGGCGCGAAACUGUUGUUUUUUGAGUGUUGACAGUUUAGCGUACUGUGAUAUGAGCUAGAGCUUAAAAUGAGAUCUGAACUUUCUGAAUAUGAACAAAUAUGAUGUUCUCAAUCCAUUACAAUCAUCACAUCACGUUUUGAAAAUUCUGACCGUCAUAACAAUCAAAAUUUGCUGGACAUCUUCAUUUUUCGAAAAAUAUCACAUUUUAUCCGAAAAUUUCGGACUAACAAUUGGAAUCGUUAGUUUGUUUUCCUCAAACAUCUACUUCUAUCCUAUCCAACAGGAAAAUAUUGUGAAAAUCCGCAGAAUUUCAAGUAUUUUGAAAAAAAUGUUUUUUUUCGGAAAAAUAGGGAAAAAGUGAUUUUUUGAGUUUUGACUUCGAAGGUUCUCCAGGAAUUCAAAAUUAUGAAUUUUCAUCAGAUGUGUACUGGAACAUUAAAAUUGAACCUCUGACAUUUCAAAAAAAAAAUUUCCAUCUUUAUUGGCCCAUUUUGAGUCCGUUUAGAACACCCCGAACCUUACUAACUAGGGCGCCGCACCCCCUCAAUUUUUGUUCGCUAAAUCGGAAUCAGAACUGGGGACCAAUUGAAACAGCAAUUGAACUAUUAUCAAAAAGUGUUCGUUAGGUAUCUAAUAACACGAGAAAAAACAUCAUGAGAAAAAUUUCACGCCAAAUCAUUAGUUACAACUUAAAACACAGCGUUGUAUACUUAUCAGCCACCCUGUAGAUUCCGCGUAGCGGCACUAUCUUCCGCUUUAGCGGCCACGUGGUUUACUAUGAUAUGGAAAACGUCAUAAUAAACCGCGUGGCCGCUAAAGCGGAAGAUAGUGCCGCUGACGCGGAAGCUUGCGGUCUACACUCGCUCCGCUCGAAAAAUCCAACUCAAAUUCUGAAAUAUCCGAUAAAAAUCUGAAAAACUGGAGAAAUUCCAGCCUUUUUCAGAUUUUUAUUGGAAUUUCAGCGGAGAUGCGGAAGCUAUGCCCAAAUUUCGAGCGGAGCGAGUGUAAACCGCAAGCUUCCGCGUCAGCGGCACUAUCUUCCGCUUUAGCGGUCACGCUGACGUCGAAUUAUGGAUAUUUGAAGUCGGGGACUAGUUUUCCAAUUGGUUUUCUAGUCCCCGACGUCAAACAUUAAGAUUUUCUUCCAGAUUCGCUGUCUUUCUACACCCUGUCACACCACUGGUCACAUUUGCUACUUCAUAAAUUCCACCGAUCAUCCUUCUGGAGUUGUGCUAACUGGCGACACCUUGUUCAUCGCUGGAUGCGGAAAAUUCUUCGAGGGAACCGCUCCCGAAAUGCACCGUAACCUCAAUGAGAUUUUGGCGCGUCUUCCAAACGAGACCCAAGUUUUUCCCGGACAUGAGUAUACUGUGAGCAAUUUGAGAUUUGCACAAGCUGUUGAGCCCAACAAUACGGUAGGUUUUGAUGGGAAAAUUCAUGGAAAUUUGAAAUUUUCAUGAUUUUUUACCCCCUGAACGUGAAAAAAAAGAUUUUUUGAGGUCGGGGACUAGUUUUCCAUCAUAUUUGGUUUUCUAGUCCCCGACUUCAAAUUUUCUGCAGAAAAUCGCUGAAAAAUUGUCAUGGAGUAUUGCUCAACGCGAAAAAGACCUGAAUACAGUACCCUCGACUAUCGGCGAGGAAAAAUCGAUAAAUCCAUUUAUGAGAGUUGGAAUUUCCGAAGAAGUUAGGGUAAGUUGGGUCCCGCCACGAUCUAAAUACAGUAGUAUUUUCAGAAUUUCGUGUCAACUUCGGAUUUGAUUGAAGGAAUGCGAAAAUUGAGAGAAGCCAAAAAUUCGUUCCGCCCAAAUUUGUGA